CUGGAGAUGCUGGUGUAUCUCCACAACCCAAACACGGCUUCACCUACCAAACAGGUACGUGCGCGCUGGAGUUUUGGGAGCCCAUAAAGGAGCUGGGCGAAGGCAGCAUUUCUAGCAUUCACAUGGUGAGGCGACGAGAAAAACGAAUCCACGUUCCGUACAAAGAGCGCGUUGAUAUUAUGAGCUUGGCGAGUAACGGCUCGACCAUGAAGAAUGACGACGAACUCUUGACCCGAAGAAGCAGCUUUUCUAACAAAGAAUCAUUCGCACUGAAGAGUAUUAUCAAAGCCUACGUACAGAAUGAUAAGUUUUUACAAGAAAUGCGCGAUGAAAUUUACACCAUGAGUCAUUUAGACCAUCCCAACAUUGUCAAAGUCUACGAAGCUUACGAACGAAAGCGCCAUAUUUAUCUUAUUAUGGAGUACUGCCGCGGCGGUGAUUUGUGGGCCCGUCAGUUGAAUGAAACAGCUACGGCCGCGGUAGUACGUAAAAUCUUGCUAGCCGUAUCGUUUCUACACGAUCACAACGUUGUUCACCGAGAUCUCAAACUAGAAAAUAUUAUGUUCGAUCAACCUGGCCCCAAUGCCGAAGUCAAAAUUAUCGAUUUUGGAUUAGCCACCCGAUACUUGUCGAACGAGCACAAACAAAUGACUGAUCGAGUUGGGACCUUGUACAGCAUGGCGCCACAAGUUCUACAAGGUGUUUAUGAUGCCAAAUGCGAUUUGUGGAGUAUCGGCGUGAUAACGUACGUUUUGCUGUCAGGAGGUACUCAACCAUUUUGGGGCCCACCGCGGGAAAUUCCAUGGGAUAAACGGAAAAAAAUUAUGGUAGAUCGAAUAAUGCGAUGCGAGUACAUGCGCAUGAAAGGCACAACUUGGGACGGUGUAUCAGAGGAAGCUAAGCGGUUUGUGAAGUCUUUGUUGCAAAUCGAUCCCGCCAAACGACCGUCGGCCAAGGAAGCGUUGGCUUCGAAGUGGAUGAAACUGCACGAAGAGGACAAGCCAGCACUGAUUGCUUGCACACCCAAAUCUCUUCAACGUGAUCAACUGCACCGAUUCGAACGGCAGCUUCGUAUUGUGCUGACCAACAAACUCUCCGAAGAGGCAUUAAUGAGUUUGAAAGCAGGUUUAGAAAAGCAUGACGAGACCGACGAAGGCCGUGUUUCGCUUGAGGUGAUGCUUCGGUAUUUAUUAGAAAAUGGUUUGGAGCAAAUUUCGCUUGCCGCACUGCACGAGCUGGCCAAUGGCGCAGGGAAAGAUGCGAUGAUAGGCUACACCGAAGUAAUUUUCGCUUCCUUAGAAUCCAAAGGACGUCGUGAAUCAGAACGUAUGGCAGAAGCUUUGGCGGAAAUGGACAUCAAUUCUUCGGGAAUGGUUGCGAAAGCGCGAGCGUUGUUAAUUUUGUACCGCGUCGUACCUGACCACACCCUCGACAUUGUGAAGGAAACUUUCAACGAGGACGACACAGACCAGAUCUCAUGCCAGGUAGUCCUUGAUCUGAUUAGCAAGCAAAUGGCUGAUCGAAUUCACACCCUUUCGAGCCAUCACGACUCCUCCGAUGAAGUGAAGAAUCUGGUUGACGCCAAAAACGCUGUCAUCCCAGGUGGGAGAAAUGAUCCGUCUGAAAGACCUGAGUAUGUCUUUGACGCAUCCACCAAUUCGGUUCGAAAAUAUGCCGAAAAACAAUGAUUUGAUCUCGAUGCUUCGGAAGGGUCCAA